CGAACCCACCCGAGCCCAGCCGAGCGGAGCCGAGCGGAGCCGAAGCCGCCCUCGCCCCUGGCCGGGGUGAGGCGGGACCCCCCACCCCCCAGGGAGCGUUUGGAGGGGGCAGCAGGGUUUUGGCCAUGACAGAGGUGUUGGGGAUGGCGUCCAAGCGCAUCCUGGUGACGGGUGGCACUGGCUUGGUGGGCAGAGCCAUCGAGAAGGUGGUGGCUGAUGGAGAGGGGCAGCCAGAUGAGGAGUGGAUCUUUGUCUCCUCCAGAGACGCCGACCUGACGAAUGCAGCAGAGACCCAAGCCCUGUUUGAGCAGCACAAGCCCACCCAUGUCAUCCACCUGGCUGCCAUGGUUGGGGGGCUCUUCAAAAACAUCCGCUACAACCUGGAUUUUUGGAGGAGAAACAUCCACAUCAACGACAACGUCCUGCACUCGGCCUACGAGACGGGGGUGCAGAAGGUGGUCUCCUGCCUCUCCACCUGCAUCUUCCCAGACAAGACAACCUACCCCAUCAACGAGAGCAUGAUUCACAACGGGCCGCCUCACAGCUCCAACUUUGGCUACUCCUAUGCCAAGAGGAUGAUCGACAUCCAGAAUAGGGGCUACUUCGAGCAGCACGGCUGCCGCUUCACCGCCGUCAUCCCCACCAAUGUCUUCGGGCCACACGACAACUUCAACAUUGAGGAUGGCCACGUCUUGCCAGGGCUCAUCCAUAAAGUCUACCUGGCCAAACAGACUGGCUCACCUCUGACCAUCUGGGGCACGGGCAAGCCCAGGAGACAGUUCAUCUACUCCCUGGACCUGGCCCGGCUCUUCCUUUGGGUCCUGCGGGAAUACGAGGAGGUGGAACCCAUCAUCUUGUCGGUGGGAGAAGAAGAUGAAGUCUCCAUCAGGGAGGCAGCAGAGGCAAUCGUGGAGGCCAUGGACUUCAGAGGAGAACUUGUCUUUGACACCACCAAAGCAGAUGGGCAGUUCAAGAAGACAGCCAGCAACGCCAAGCUGCGGCGGUACCUGCCCGGCUUCCAGUUCACACCCUUCAGGCAAGCUGUGAAGGAGACCUGUGCCUGGUUCAACGCCAACUACUCCAGUGCCAGGAAGUGAGGGACCAACGUGGCACCGGCGGAGUCCUCUUCAUCUCAGGGUUGUCCUUUGCUGGGGCAGAGGACGGGACUGGGGGUGGUGACAGUGACAUUUCCAAAGUGAAAAGGGGGCCAGAGCCCACUCAGCAGCUCCCGUAUUCCUGCCUUGUGCUGGGAAUGGUGCAGAACACCAAGGGAGGUCGGGGCACCCCAAAGGUGCUGGGACCCCCAGACCAAGUAGUACCAGCCAACUGGAGCCACCACCACCACCCUUGGCCAUGUCCAAGAGGCUGGUGGCCCUGGUUGAGCUGUAAUGGGCUACGCUGCUAAUUACCCGUAAUUAGGCUGUAAUAAAGGGAAGGUGAUCAGGGUUCCUCUGUUGUAGGAACAGGAGCUGAGCCUUUGCUGUUGCUUUUGGGGUGGUGGGGAUGGUCCUGAAGCCCCCAGCAUCAGGAUGGGGGGGAGACCAGAGCAUAUGUAAAUGUGGCGUUUAUUAAAAUAUAUGCAAAUAGCCUAAAA